CCUCGAUUUUCGGGGGGGUGGACGAGUUCAGUGGUUAUUGACAUAUAUUUGCGAGAAAUCCAUAAUAUGAUUUUUCGAAAUUGCUAAGCUUAAUGUUAAUAAAACAAUACCUAGUACGUGUCUCAUUUCGCGCGUACGUUGCGGGUUGUUCCGUCGCGGUGCCGUGUACGCAAAUAGCGUGACGUUUUAGCGGAAAUGUCGGCUGCCGGGACGCCUUCUACUGACCCGUGGGUCGUUCUGGCUCGCGAAAGGGCUCGCUACGAGGACCAGUUUCGAUCACUGAAACCCGUUAACGGUGUGGUCACGGGAGAACAAGCCAAAGGCUUUUUUCUUCAAUCCCAGUUACCACCGCUCAUAUUGGGGCAAAUAUGGGCACUCGCCGAUACCGACUCCGACGGCCGAAUGGAUAUCAACGAGUUCUCUAUUGCUUGCAAAUUGAUCAAUCUGAAGCUUAGGGGUUUCGAAGUGCCCACAAGUCUUCCUCCCGCGCUUUUGGCUUCUCUUAAAGUACACACUCCGCCCGCCAUACCGCCGUUGCCGACCCAGAGUUUGGUAGAUUUACCACCCGCGAGACCCGAUCCUCCCAAAAUCAUUCCCAAUCAACCGGGCCCUCCUCUAAUCAGUAACGGAUCAGCCUCUCUAAUUGGCGGUACUCCUGUGGGGACUAAUGCGUCGCAGACGUUAAUUCCUAACCUUAUGGGAAUGGUUCCUCCAAUGGGAGGACCGACCACCAUAAUUCCUACAGGUAUAGUACCACCUAUGCAGUCAAACAUUUCCGCCGUACAGCCCCUAAUCGGGGGUAUUCCGCCAGUGGUGCCGCCUAUUCGUCCGCCACCGCAACCGGUCGUCGCUUACGGCGCCCCGUUAAUUUCGGGGAUGGUCCCAGCGCCGCAGCCGAUUGUGCCCCCUCCCUUGGUAACCGCCGUCAGUUCCGGUUCAUUGGGUUCAACCGGUCCCAUGUCACCGGGAGUUUCGGUCCACUCUCCUGGCGCCACCAGCACGCCCAGGGCGAGUGUGACUAGUCUUGAGCGGACCGGCUCUAUCGAUUCAACAUUGCAAUCCGACUGGGCGGUACCUCACCAGACCAAGCUUAAAUACACCCAGAUCUUCAACACAACCGACAGAACAAGGAGCGGGUUCUUGUCGGGGGCGCAGGCCCGGAACGUCAUGGUACAAACCAAGCUUCCACAAAACAUUCUUGCGCAGAUCUGGGCUCUGGCUGACAUGGACGCUGACGGGCGCCUCGGCUGCGAGGAGUUUGUCUUAGCGAUGCACCUGUGCGAGCAGGCGCAGCAGGGUCACCCUCCACCCACGAAACUACCACCGGAUCUCGUCCCGCCCUCGUUCCGGCGGCCCGCGAGGACCGCCUCCAUAUCUAGUCAAGGCAGCGCGCCUCACGUAGACUUGGAUCCCGCGUCGACGCUGUUGCAAUCGUCGUUCGAGGACAAACGCAAGGAGAACUACGAGAAGGGUCAAGCGGAGUUGGAGAGGAGGAGAAAAACGCUCCUCGACCAGCAGAAGAAGGAGGCGGAGGAACGGGAGAGGAAAGAGCGGGAGGAAAUCGAGCGCCGCGAGAAGGCUCGACAAGAGGCGGAACGGAAACGUAUGGAGGAGCUAGAGAAGCAGAUGAGGGAGCAGCAGGAGAGGGAGCGUCUGAUCGAGGAGGAGAGGCGACGCCAGGCGGAGCAAAAGGAGGCGGCAAGGAAGGAGAUGGAACGGCAGCGGCAGCUCGAGUGGGAGAAGCAACGACUGCAGGAGUUGCAGCAGCAGCGGCAACGGGAGCAGGAGAACGUGCUUAGGCUGAAAGCGCGGAACCAAAGUUUGACGAUCGAACUCUCUACCCUCAAUGAACAGGUGCGGGAAUUGUCGCAGAAGAUUUGCGACACGCGGAUGGGCGUGUCGAACGUAAAGACCACCAUCGAUGGUAUGCGAAGCACGCGCGAUUCGCAAAUGCAGGAGAUGUCCCAGCUAAAGAAUAAGCUGAAGGAUCAGAACGCGAGGCUCUUGGCGUUGUCCCAGGAAAAGGUCAGAUUGGACGCUAAGAAUAAAAUGAACGCGCAGGACUCUGAACAGACGAAAGUCGCUUACGAAAAUCGGGAAAUCAACAUCAAAAACCUGCGCGAGAAGAUAAGCGACAUACAGGCCCAGCUGGAGGCGAAAUCGUCGGACAUCGAGAACAACAACAGUCAACUGGAGGAGCUCAAGACCGAGCUGCGCGGUCUGUUGUCCGAUUGCGAGCGGUUGUACGCCGUCUACGAGGAAAAGCGCGACCUGGUGGUGGAAAUGAAAAACGCGAACCGCACCACGGGUUUCGAGGACGCGUGGAAGAGCGCCGACGCGUGGGGCGCGUCCGAACCAGCGGCGGCGGCGGCGGCGACCGAUUGGCCCGCGGAUAAUUGGGGCGCCGACCCGUCCGUGCCCGCUGACAUCGAAAAUAUACCGGGCGUGCACAAAUAUAGGGCCGUGUACGAGUUUGUCGCCCGGAACAACGACGAGAUAUCAUUCCAACCUGGUGACAUUAUCCACGUACCGGAACAGCAGACCGGCGAGCCCGGAUGGUUGGCCGGUGAAAUCCGCGGGAAGACCGGCUGGUUCCCGGAGUCGUAUGUCGAACCGUUAGAUGGCGUGGGUAUCGCGGCCGCGACUGCGGAGCUUGCUGAACCAGCGGUACUGGAAGAGAUAGCGGAGGUGCCGGAGGCAGCGACCGUAUCGCCUCCUGCUGUGUGUAGCGGCGAGCCCGAGUAUUACGUGGCGAGUUAUCCUUACCAGUCGCAGGAGCCGGGCGAUCUUACCUUUAACGCCGGCGACACGAUUGCCGUCUACAAGAAGGAGGGCGACUGGUGGACCGGGAAAUUGGGCGACGCCGUCGGUAUUUUCCCAAGUAAUUACGUGCAGAAAAUGGACGCGGGUUCUGGGAUUGAGGGAGCGAGGCAAACAGAAGAAGUAGCUCCCGCGGCGGGUGUGUCGGCGGCCGAGAUCACGUCGGCCCUGGAGAAUAUCACCGCGAAUGCGCAGGUCGACAACGAGGUGUCGCAAAUUACGGAGAACAAGAUAAGCGACAGGCCGCCCGACGCCGGCACCACUGCGGGAGUGCAGGUCAUGAAAGGCAAAAAACCGGAAAUAGCGUCGGUAAUAGCUCCGUACCAGGCGUCCAGUCCCGAGCAGCUGUCCCUGGCCCGGGGGCAACUGAUUAUGAUACGAAAGAAGACGGACUCGGGCUGGUGGGAGGGCGAGUUACAAGCGAAGGGUCGCAAGCGGCAGGUCGGGUGGUUCCCCGCCAGCUACGUCAAGGUGCUGAACAGUUCGGGCAAGAUCAGCGGCCGGUCGACUCCCGUAUCGACCACCCGGAUGCAGCAGGAAGUCGUCAUCGACAAGGUUGUCGCGCUGUACGCGUACACAGCCGCGAACCCCGACGAGCUGAGCUUCCUCAAGGACGAUAUCAUUAACGUGACAGCGAGGGAGGAGGAGGCGUGGUGGAGAGGCGAACUGAACGGCGUUUCCGGCCUGUUUCCGAGCAAUUAUGUGGCGCCGCUUCAGCAGCAAUAUUCCGACACGUCAUCCGUCGGGGACAAAAAGAGGCGCGAACACAUCAGAGAGUUCGUCGAAACGGAACGGGCCUACGUCCACGAUAUGGCCGUUGUGCACGAGGUGUUUGAACUGCCCUUACGGAAGAGUCGGCUGAUUUCCGCGAAGGAAAUCGACGAAAUAUUCGUGAAUUGGCGCGACAUACUUGUCUGCAACGAAAAUUUCCUCGCGGAUUUGGACGCGGCCGUGGCAGGCGCGGUGACCGUCGGUGACGUCAUAUGUAGGCACUUGCCCAGGAUGACGGCAUACAUAACUUUCUGCGGGAAGCAGCUGGACAGCGCGGUGCUGCUGCAGCAGCUGACGGAGAGCUCGACCGCGUUCCGGGAACUAGUGAAGAGGUGCCAGAAUAACGUCAAAACGAAAGGAAUGCCCCUGUCGUCGUUUCUCAUCAAGCCGAUGCAACGGAUCACGCGGUAUCCGCUGCUCAUCGCGAAGAUUCUAGAACACACUCCCGAUAACCAUCCAGAUUACGAGUAUUUGAGAGAGGCCCGGAGGAUAGCGGAGAGAUUCUUGAACGGCGUGAACGAGAACGUGCGUCUGAAAGAGAACAGCGAUCGACUGGAGUGGCUCCAGCAGUACGUCCAGACCGAUCUUGGCCUGACCUUUAACGGGCAGACAAACAGGCUGGGCCCGAGACAGCUGCUGCAUUUCGGCACGUUCGCGAAACUGAAAAGCGGCAAGGAGCUGCUCGGGUUCCUAUUCAACGAUUUCCUGAUGCUUGUCCAGCCGAGCAAAGGCAUCGGCACGCAGUUCUCGUUUCAGCGGAACCAUAACGUCACUUACAAAAUGUAUAAACAGCCGAUUUUGGUCCGAGACUUGUCGGCGAGCAGAGGGAACACCGACAACGUCGAAAGCAACACCGAUUGGAACCGCGUGCUGAAACUGCAGGAUGACAAGGCCGGUUACAAAAUUAGCCUGCUGGCUUCGACGGUGCACGAGUGCACCACCUGGAGCAAGAAAAUCGAUGCGGCGAGGGAAGCGUACGCGAAAAUCGACAAUCUUAACAAACAAAAUAAGCGCAAAACGCAGCUCCACCUGGGGCCGUCAUGUGGUCGUCUGCUUGUGCUCGUCCAAAAGGGGAAACGCUUAGCGUACUCGGGUAAGCACGGCGAGAAGGUUUACUGUAAGGUGACGUUGGGCAGUCAGGAGCAGGACACCGAUUUCGGGGGCGACGGGUCCAACAAUGGUAACGCGACACCUGGCGGCGGCGCCCCCCAGGCCCCGCAUCUGGUGUGGAACUACAGCAUGCAGUUCCAGCUGCGCAAUUUGGGCGAGGAGUCGCUAGUUUUCGUCGUCCUCGAGCAUAAUCCGUACGGUUUGGACGAGUUCCUGGGCAGGGCUGAGUUGAAGCUGGCGGAGGUUUGUAGGGAGUCUCGCAACACGAACGGUCCGAUCGUGAAGAAGCUGAUACUUCAUCAGGUCGAGUCCGGAGAGAUCGUAGUCAAACUGGAUUUGCACAUGUUCAAUACCUACUGAAAGCACGGAAUCAAAUUUUUUAUCCGCUUUGUCGUAUUUGUUAAUUUUUAUAAUAUAGGUUAUGACCUAAGCGAAAAGUAUUGAUAAGUAUCAUUAACUUGGUGCGCACUUCCAAUCGUUUCGUGCGCCCGUAACAUUUACAGCCAUUUUCGUGCGCUGAAAAACCGAAUAAGUGACUUGCGAAGUUUUAAUAUGAUUAGAAAUGGUAACGGUGAAGAACGUGCCACAAACGUCUACGUCGAAUCGCAUGACCAAAACAAGUUUUAGGACAAUUUUUUAGGAUAAAACCUGUGCUAGGGAAUUUUAAAAUUCGUAUAUGACGCAACCAUCCGGCAGACAAUAAAUAUAAAAUUCUCUCGUCCCUGACCCGCUGCACGUUAACGCUUUGUAUCAAUUGUACUCGACAGAACUUAACGGACAAUUUGAUCUAUUACAAAUACAUAAAAUGAAAUUAGAAAGAGACAACGCUAGAAUUCACAAGUGGACUGGUAAAUGAAUGAAACAUCAAUUGGCUGCAUAUGAAAAACCAUUACUUUGAGAAAACAAAUUUUUUUGGAGUCGUAUGUGAGGUUGGUUCAAAAAAAGUAACUUUUGUUUGAAUAUUACAACGGAAAUUAAUAUAAAGCAAAUUUAAUCAAUACUAUUGCCAACACAAUAGUCUCAGUGAUGUUCGUCUAAUCCAGAUACGGAAAACAUAAGGGGGGUGGGGGAAAGUCGCUAGAAUCUUGUCAUGCAUAUGCGUGCGUGUCGGUUUUUUGGGCCAACAAAAGCGUGUCGGAGUGUCCACCUUGAAAUAGAGCAGCUUCACAUAUUCUUUUUUUUUUUAACAAUAACUUAUCGUCGUUUCGUUAGUCGAAACAAAAGAUCCCA